AUGAGCGAUGGUCGGCCUGUAAGCGGUCAGUUGAAGAAGUUUGUGUUUCGCGGCAAGUCCACAGCUAACGGGGACACUCGAGGUGAAUAUCUGGAGAUCAAAAUACCCGAGUUGCUUUCCGCUGGCUACUCGUUUUACACGUGGCCAUCGGCUCCACUUCUGGCUUGGUAUUUGUGGACACAGAGAAGACAUUUACGCGGUCUUCGAGUCCUAGAACUAGGGUGCGGUACCGGUUUACCAGGAAUAUUGGCGGCUAAGUGCGGUGCUCGUGUCACGUUAACUGAUAGCGUUGCAUUGCCCCGAUCUCUGCGACAUUUGUCUGCGUGCUGUGAAGCGAACAAUCUCGUUCCUGGCCACGAUAUACAAAUCUUAGGUCUUGCUUGGGGCCUAUUCUUGACUGAUGUUCAUUCUCUGCGCCCUGUAGAUCUGCUUCUAGCUUCAGAUUGUUUUUACGAACCGUCGCAGUUCGAGGAGGUUAUCUCUACUGUUGCUUACUUUCUAGACGGCACUGACGCUCGAUUUUUGUGUGCUUACCAGGAACGCAGUGCUGACUGGUCUAUCGAAGCUCUAUUGAAGAAGUGGGGACUAAAAGGCGCCCUUAUUGAUUUGGAUUCACUGAGCGAAAGCUCAGGUGUAGAAGCAUUCAACAUGGCGGAGGCAGUACUGGAUUAUCCAGAUUCAGAUUUCUCUGAUGAUGACCAAACACCAUUAGAUAUAUCUUUUAACCAAGCAGCUGGCCAUGUGAGAAAGCUCACCAGCAAACUAGACAAUAAUCAACUCUUAGAACUUUAUGGACUUUUUAAACAAGGUACAGAGGGCAAAUGUAACACACCCAAACCUGGUUGGUUAGAUGGAAGGGGACGGAGGAAGUGGGAAGCUUGGAACUCACUUGGCGAUAUGCCUGUAGAAGAAGCCAAGGAAAAAUAUAUCUUACUAGUGCAGAAAUUUGAUCCAGAAUGGUCCGACGAGCGUGCCACAAAAAUGUCAGAACAGUGGGUGGCAGUGUCAUCACUAAGACGCUCCCCUGAACCAGAGCUUAUUCACAAUGAGUUGUCACUAUUAGACGCAGCAAGGGAGGAUUGUGGAGAGCGUGUUGCUGAGCUCCUGAGGCAGAACCCUGAAUUAAGACAUGAGAGAGAUGACGAUGGUCUCACUGCAUUGCAUUGGGCAGCUGACAGGGACGCUACCAAGGCUCUGCUUGCUGCUAUUGAAGGUGGAUGUAUACUCGAUGCAGUAGAUGAAUGUGGACAGACAGCUCUGCACUACGCUGCUUCCUGUGGUCACAUCAACUCCACAAAAAUACUAUUAAAUGCCGGAGCCUCCUUUUUAAAAGAUAACGAAGACUGUACACCAAUAGAUUUAGCCACAGACGAUGAAAUCAAGAAGAUUUUAGAAGGUGCUAAGAUGUAGACGUAAAAGCCAGGCAUGGUGGCAAUUUUAGUUAGAACCUUUAUGUUAUUGUAAUGUAGUUUAAUUCAAUAAAUUUUUAAUGCAUUACAAA